AUGCAAGUGACUCUCCAGUACACUCUUCCCACCAACAUGGGGAUGCAGCGCGCCGAGGGUCAAGACUCUCGGGUUGAUGAGUUUUGGGGACCCUCGUGGAGGAUCGACGACCAGCAACAGCCGCUUUCAGGAUCUUGCUCCUCACCGGCUGAUUCACCUAACGAACCACAGUGUCAGUCGGAAGAUGCCAAACAACCUGUAGCAUGGCGUGAGCUACCCCGAAAGGACCAACUGAUCAUCAUUACCCUGGCUCGCCUGAGCGAGCCUCUCGUCCAGACCUCCCUGCAGGCAUACCUGUUCUACCAGCUCAGAUCCUUUGACCACAGUCUUCCCUCGUCUAAGAUCUCGUCGCAGGCGGGGAUUAUGCACGCCUCGUUCAUGUUCGCCCAAUUCCUGACGGGCAUGUUUUGGGGCCGUGUGGCCGACUCGCGCCACGCUGGCCGAAAAGUUGUCCUCCUGGUUGGUUUGACGGGAACAGGUCUGUCAUGCUUGGGGUUCGGGUUCGCCACGAGUUUCUGGCAGGCUCUUGUCUUCAGGACGAUGGGAGGUGCCACGAACGGCAACAUUGGUGUCAUGAGGACAAUGAUCAGCGAGAUCAUCAGGGAAAAGAAGUACCAAUCCAGGGCCUUUCUGCUUCUCCCCAUGACCUUUAAUAUCGGCGUCAUUGUCGGGCCCAUCCUCGGUGGUGUGCUGUCUGACCCUGCCGGAUCCUACCCAUCGUUGUUCAAGGGGAUACCGUUCUUCGAGAAGUACCCAUACGCCACGCCCAACAUUGUCAGCUCCGUAUUCCUCAUGUGCGCGGCAGCAGCGGUAUGUUUGGGGCUGGAGGAGACACUGGACUCCAUCCGCGACACUGGUCAUGUCGACUUGGGCAUCCGUCUGCGCGAGCGCAUGGUGGCCUUGUUUCGGAGACGACGACACGGAUACUCGUCUAUCCCGACCUCAUCCUUUCCCGAUGACAAUGAUACCAGCCUUGAUCUGCUACAAGUUGGCGCCAAACCUCUGCCACAGAAACGUUUCACCCGACGAUUGCCCUUUAAGCGCGUGUUGACACCCAAUGUGGUACUGACAUUCGUCGCUCAGUUCCUGAUGGCGUUCCACGUCGGCACUUUCAACUCGCUCUGGUUUAUUUUCCUCAGCACGCCGGUUUACGACCCAAGCGAAUCAGACAUUACGCUCCAGCUGCCGUUUCGGUUCACCGGUGGCCUCGGAAUGCAACCGCAGAGUGUAGGUCUCGCCAUGGCUAUCUUGGGGACCAUUGGUAUCUUCAUGCAGCUGGUCCUGUAUCCUCGGAUCAACGCACGCCUGGGUACCAUCAGAAGCUGGCGGUACUUCCUGUAUACCUUCCCGAUGGCGUACUUCCUGGUGCCGUACCUGAGCAUUGUCCCAAGCACGUCGCCACCACCCCAUGCCAAGACAGGCCUCGCCAUGUGGAUGGCGUUUGUAGGCAUCCUGAUGAUACAAGUGCUGGGACGAACAUUUGCCCUCCCAGCCCAGGCAAUUCUCAUCAACAACUGUUCGCCACACCCAAGCGUCUUGGGCACCGUACAUGGCAUGGGGCAAAGCGUGAGUAGCGGCGCAAGGACUAUUGGCCCCAUGGUCGGAGGCUUUUUGUACGGACUGGGCCUCAAUGCUGGCUACGUAGGCCUGGUGUGGUGGUGUCUCAGCGUCAUAGCCGUGCUUGGAGUCGUAGCGAGCUGGUUUGUUCGAGAGGGCGAUGGCCAUGAAAUAUGGCUUGAGGGUGAUGCAGAGGAUUAG